GUGAAACGUGGCGGAGACUUUUGCACGAUCGUAGAAAGAAUCAUAAUGAUUUCCACCAGUCUGGCGCCAUCUACUAGUGGGCUCAGCUCCGUUGCGAAUUUGGCCAGCACUCAGAGUUUGAGACCGGUCGCUCAAAGGGCCUGCUUGCGGCAGUCCACACUACAGAUCGAGAAUAAGGUUGCCAUACGGUUUCAGAGGUUUGGAAGGAAGAAGAAACCCUUCUACAGACUGGUGGCAAUUGACUCGAGGUCCAGAAGAGAUGGCAGGCCUCUUGAGAGACUGGGCCACUACGACCCUCUGAAGAAGGAGACAAAUUUGGAUGCUCCUGCCAUCAAGAAGUGGCUGGAGGUUGGUGCAGUGCCUUCAGACACCGUGAGCAACCUGUUGAAGAAGGCAAUGGUGAUCGAGUAAGAUCACAUGCCGUGAUUGCCAUGAGCGCUAGUCUCUGGACCUUGUGAGAAAGCGUUCUGCUUACCAACUUCUUCGGUUCGGGAUUGAACGUCAUGCCAGCGCAGUACAACUAUGCCAGGACACAACUGGUCCUGUAAAGUGACAGAACUUCAAUAUUUUGUGCUGCAUGAAGCGCCUUGAUGUUCUCAUUAUUUGACAGCCGGUGUGGCAUUGUCAACUUUAAAAAUAGAGUGCACAAUACAAUUCGAUGGUACUUCCACUUGGCAUAUUUCUGACGGAGUUGAUGAACCUCCCAGUGUGCAACAUGGGGCCACUCUGAAUGUGGCCAGAGCUUUGUGGUAGUGAUGUGGCUGUUCAGCAGCUGCUGCUGAAAGCAACGUUGGAUACUUACUCUCAGGAUGGCGGUCUCUUGUAGAGCUGCAACAGGGUGUCUGCAGAGCCGCCGCAAUGCUCGGAGCACUGUAUGUAGACUGAUCAGUCAUGACAAGGAUCUGGCUUCUCCUAUUGUAACGAAGUGGACAAGGACC